ACUAGCCUGCAGAUUUACUCAAAACAAACCUCAACAGCCACACCAGAGCUUUGCAACAACAAAAGUUGUUUUUAUAAGUUAGUUAGCUAACGUUACAUCGCCGGAGGGUAAUUCUUAAACGGGCACGGACCUCUCACCAGAUAUGCCAGAGUAUCUGAAGAGAGAAAACCACAGGUCUGGACUUCCCACCAGACAUUUUUUGCCCAAACCUCUUCUUGAUGCGUACACUAAACGUGUAAAAAAAGAUUCGUCCAGGUAGUUGUACCAUCCAGGUAGUUGUACCAUCCAGGUAGUUGUACCAUCCAGGUAGUUCUACCAGACUGGGAUCCUCUGCUGUGACUAUGAACACUACCAUGGACCACUUUCCUGAAUUGACACGUCACACACCGACGAAAACAGGAGCCCCCCUGUCUUUGCCGGGGCCAUCCGAUGAGGCCCUCCCCCUGUCUUUGCCGGGGCCAUCCGAUGAGGCCCUCCCCCUCUCUUCGCCGGGGCCAUCCGAUGAGGCCCUCCCCCUGUCUUUGCCGGGGCCAUCCGAUGAGGCCCUCCCCCUCUCUUCGCCGGGGUCAUCCGAUGAGGCCCUCCCCCUGUCUUUGCCGGGGCCAUCCGAUGAGGCCCUCCCCCUCUCUUCGCCGGGGCCAUCCGAUGAGGCCCUCCCCCUCUCUUCGCCGGGGCCAUCCGAUGAGGCCCUCCCCCUCUCUUCGCCGGGGCCAUCCGAUGAGGCCCUCCCCCUCUCUUCGCCGGGGCCAUCCGAUGAGGCCCUCCCCCUCUCUUCGCCGGGGCCAUCCGAUGAUGCCCUCCGUCGCUCUUGUGGCAAGAAAUGUACCAGUCGGUCUAAAAAGCACGAGAAAAGCCCCUCAAGAGAUGGAUCUCACCCCUGUGACCAGUGUGAGAAGAGUUUUGUUACACUAAAACGUCUGGAAAAACACCAGACGAGUCACUCCAACCCUCAUGUGUGCUCUGAUUGUGGAAAGCGAUUCCGUCGGGCUGAUCACCUAAAGAGACAUAAGAGAGGCCACACUGAGAACAAACUGUACAUUUGCCCUCAUUGCGGGGAAAGCUUUGGUUACUCGGGAAAGUUAACCCAACAUGUGAGACUUCACACUGGGGAGAAACGUCACCAGUGCUCCGAUUCUGGCAAAAUGUUUGCUGCUAAUAAAACAAUGAAAAGACACCAAGAGAUUCAUUCAACACAUCGUGUGAAGCCUCAUGUUUGCACUACAUGUGGAAAGGGCUUUGCUCAACGUGAAAACUUAAAAAAACAUUGUGCCAUUCACACUGGAGUGAAACCGCAUCAGUGCUCUGACUGUGGGAGGAGUUUCCGUCGGCUUGAUCAUUUAACUCUGCACCAGAAAGAAGCACAUGGAGAGAGGCUAUUCCCUUGCUUUGUUUGCAAACAGCGUUUCGUUUCAAAUCUUAGGCUGAUAGUUCAUCAGAAAAAGCAUACAAGGCCUUACCACUGCUCCCUAUGUGACGAGAGAUAUGCCGAAAAGGGGACUUUAAAAGUCCAUCUGCGUGUACACACUGGAGAGAAGCCACACCUUUGCUGCCAGUGUGGGAAAUGUUUCUCUGUUAAACGACAACUUAAAUUACACCUCUUGGUACAUUCAGGUGAAAAGUCUUAUAAAUGUUCUCACUGUGAAAGGAGUUUCGCUAAUAGACCUAUCCUGAAAAGACACAUACGAACCCACACGGGAGAGAAACCGUACCACUGCUCUGAAUGUGGGAGGAGUUUCGCCAAUGGGGAUUCACACACAAAACAUCUGCGAACCCACACUGGAGAGAAGCCGUACUGUUGCUCUCUGUGCGGGAAACGUUUCUCCGUUAAACAACAUCUUAAAGUACACCUCUUGGUACAUUCAGGUGAGAAGCCUCAUACCUGUUCUCACUGUGAGAGGGGUUUCACUACCACAUCUAACCUGAAAAGACACCUGCAAACCCACACUGGAGAGAAACCGUUCAAAUGCCUUGACUGUGGGAAGGGGUUUCCUCGCUCGGCAACCCUCAGAAACCACCAGCGUAUCCACAGGAGGGUCACCGAGGACCAAGAUCCCAAAGCACAAAUAGCUGCACCCAAGAACUCUACAUAGUAGCUUCACCACAACUGUCUGUCGGGUGCCGAGAACUCUAUAUAGUAGCUUCACCACAACUGUCUGUCGUGUGCCGAGAACUCUAUAUAGUAGCUUCACCACAACUGUCUGUCGUGUGCCGAGAACUCUAUAUAGUAGCUUCACCACAACUGUCUGUCGUGUGCCGAGAACUCUAUAUAGUAGCUUCACCACAACUGUCUGUCGUGUGCCGAGAACUCUAUAUAGUAGCUUCACCACAACUGUCUGUCGUGUGCCGAGAACUCUAUAUAGUAGCUUCACCACAACUGUCUGUCGUGUGCCGAGAACUCUAUAUAGUAGCUUCACCACAACUGUCUGUCGUGUGCCGAGAACUCUAU